CACCACCGAAAAUUUCCACAUGGGCCGCCUCCGCCGUUCUCGAGUCCACAACGCGCGAAGAGAUGUACAUAGGGCAUCAAGGACACGAGUGAGAACGAAAGAUUUGGACCAGAUCCAGCUUAUAGAUUUGGAUCCGAAAAAUCGGGCGGCGCUGGAAGCUCAGCCGAUUGACUUUGAUAAGCCAGGCUUGGCGCAACACUACUGCGUGGAAUGUGCAAAGUAUUAUGAAACAGAUACUGCUCUGCAUUCACAUUGGCGGAGUAAAGUUCACAAGCGGCGGCUCAAACAGCUGAAAGAGCCAGCUUACACAAUUGAGGAGUCAGAGCGGGCAGCAGGGUUAGGUCGGGAGGUCAGGCGAGCGACUGCGGUUGUUGAAGUGGCGGUGGAAAUGGUUGAUGCUAUGUGAUGUGAGGUCCCCAUGCUGGCCGGUAUUGUACCCAUAUAUCAUUCACGAAUCUAAUAUAUUCCGUUAUGACACC